GGCUCCACAGUGUGAUAUCGAUCAGUAUUUAACCCGUUUACCGUAGGCUGCCUAUCAAAACACGUCCGUCUUGACUCCGUCUCGUUGACUUGGGAUCUAAGAAACCUCUGAAGAAAGUGGAUACCACCACCUCGGACGCUUUCCCAAGCUGAAUACCAUGGAAGCUCAAUCCACAGCUUUCAUCAGAUCCUCCAGUUUCUCUAUAGAUAACAUUCUUGGUAGCAAGGGAGAAGAAGCUCCGACAAGUUUAAAACUUGAACUUCCAGCUAACGUAAGCGAGAGUGUACAGCGAGACUUUCAGUUAUGUCGUCCAUUCCUUCCCGGCGGCCUAAAUACAUGGCAGCACUAUCAGCCACAUGCAUGCCCUCCGUUCGACAGAUCACGAAAAACAACCGGUAAGAGAUCAGAAUACCUUAAAUGAACCGAUUAGGUGCCACGAAUUAGAUAAGCAUAACUGAUUUAUUAACGACAAAAUUAAAUACUUCUGUCAACCAACCUCAAAGGCAAGAUAACAAAUGACGCCUGUUGGAGGUGAGUUGAGGAGGCCUUGCUUGUCAUAUUAUCUUCGAAUUGUGAACGCUUAAGCAACGAGAUUUACCUCGUUUGACGGAUAGGCUUCUUUUGAAGUUUAUUUUUUUUAAAAUCAAUAUCUGUCUUUCCCUGAAGACUUCUGAGAAGUGGAAUUAAAACGACAAAUAGUUUUAGUUUUUUUCAUAACUGGAAACUGAUCUUAUCAAUUUAUAUGUGACCUGGUGUUUUUCAAGCAUAAGACUGCUAUCUUUUCAUGGAGAAAUAAUAGUUAUUUAGAGAGUAUCGUGUAACGUGGCAAUUAUCUUUAAGAAGUCGUACGAAAUGGACUCAUGGUAAUCUGGGUACGCAGAACUUCGGGGAGGUUCUCAUUCUGCGGGGUUUUUUGAAGGAAUGUACGGUUAAGCUCAUAAAAAGGGAAGAAAAACCUUGGAAGGUUAUAGUUCGAUUGUGGUCCUCGGUUUUCAAUGGAUUUUCGACCAACAAAGCAUGCCGCUUCUUUUCAUGCAGUAGGCUAGUUUUAUUUGGGCAGAAUAGCAUUUAAGGCUACAGGCAAUUUAAAUGACUGAAAUCAAGAAAACGUCUCUUACUAGUAAAUUUAAAAAAUAUAUAUUUCAGAUAAAUAUUUGGCAGACCUGUGCAAAUCUUUUCGCAGAAGUCUUUAAAAGCAAGCUUUGUUCAGUUUCUUUAAAACGUGUUCUGUUUUCAGCGGUGAUUUGUUCAAGUUUAUGUUUUUAGGAAGUGAAGUAUUACAGUUUUUCUCACGGUGUGGGCACUUCUGGUGUAAAGAAAGUGUAAGAGCUCUUUCACAUCAGAUGUGUAAAAUGAAUAACAAUUUCCUCAGACCUGAGGGGUGGUGAUGAAAUAAGGUUUUCUCAACUUUGUAAAAUCUCCCUCAAGUAUUUAUGGAGGUGAUAAAUUUCAUGGUGCAUCAAGUAAUGGUCUGAUUAUCAUGUCAACCGUUUUCGAUCUCAGGAUCUCAGUAUUAAUUUUCCUUUACAUUUACAACAAAUUUUUUAGUACCGAGAAUUCUAGAUUUGUGUUAAUCAAACAAUCCUGCUGGUAUUUCUUAAUUCUCAUCACUUGUAUACUGAAGAUGUUUUCUGAUCGCUAAGCGAAAUUAACUACCCAUUUAAGGAGUUACGAAGCUUUAAGACAUUCUCUUACCUUAGCCUAUCAGUAUAUUGAUUCUCUACGGUCAGUUUGGCCAUUUCGAGCAAUUUGGCAGAAAAUUAACAAACGGAAAUCAAUAACUCGUGUUAAUCUUCUUUAACAUCUACCUUAUUAGUUUAUUUUUUUUUUCUCUGCCUCUUUGGUGUUAAUCCAUCCUAACAAACCAUAUUUAACCCUUCAACUCCCAUGAGCGACCAAGACAGAAUUUCUCCUUACAAUAUCAAUAUAAUAUCAAGAAGAAAAGUGGUGAGAAUAAACUAAAAUAUCUAUUAGGGGAUUGCUAGUUGAUCCAAUAUCAAAUUCUCCAAACCAACAUUAUAAGAAUUGAAUGGCAGACGGGGAGAGAAUUGGGAGUGAAAGGAUUAAAAGAACGCUCCAAUAUGUACAAGAAUUUUCAACGAGCUAAAAAAAAAGAAAAGAGAUAUCAGAAGGCAGCUUCUUGUAAAAAAGUCAGGGAAAAUAUUUCAAAACGGCAAGUCAAGUGAAAGGUACCAGCGAAAGCUAAAUUAAAAAUCAUUCUUCUCUUCCAGUUAUACAACAAGAAAGCAGCCCAAGAGAGCGACGAAGAUGCCGAGAUCCGUCAAAGAAGCGUAAAAGAACGGCUUUCACCACAACACAAGUUAAAGAACUUGAAGGCGAAUUUCGCAGGAGCAAAUAUUUGACCAUUUCUCGUCGAACAGAGCUUUCAAAAUCUCUCAAGCUGACCGAAACACAAAUCAAAAUCUGGUUUCAAAAUCGCCGGACCAAAUGGAAAAGAAAAAUAGCGGCAGAGAUGGAAUUUAGUGUCAGAUCAUCCGGGAACGUGUAUGGUCCCCAUCAUCCGGGAAUUCAUCAUUGCAACCAACACUGUCACCCUGGUAAUAACAUGCCAUAUAAUUACUGUCAGUCAGGAUUCUCACCGGUUCUCUACCAUCCUCAGCUGUCUUACCCCACAGCGCAUGUUUCUCAUAUAGGAUUUUAGCCAAUGACAAAACGCUAACAUGACAAAGAAUAUGUAUCUCUGAGCCGGAGGGCCGGGGAUACUUGGACAGAUCCCAUUCGUAAAAUCCUGGCCAUUUCGCUGAGAAUUCGUCUGCAAGUUUUAUGUUUUCAUGUCAAUUUAUUGUCGCGGAUGAAGACUUUUUUAACGGAUUACUUGGAUAUCACUGUGGUAACUGAUGCAAUCCACGUGUUCAUCUUGGACUACUGUUGCUAUUGAUAUAUUUGUAGCAGAUGUAUGUACAAUGUUAUUUUUUUAAAAAUGUAAUUGACCCAAUUAUGCAAAAUUAAAGCAGGAAUUUUCCUGCGGAAAAAGGAUGACAAUAAUGAAUAAAUAUUCGAGAUUAACUCGUUAUAUUUUUCUUUUAGUAUCUAUCAGUUUUUUUCUGACUUCAAGCCACUCAGGUCACCGUCUAAACUGUGCCUGGAAUUUUUUUUUAAUUAUAAGGAAUACACAUGCCGGAUUCGCCUCCGACACUUGCAAUACAUGUUACUUAAGCACAAAUUACUCAAAUCCUCAGUUACAAUCGCUUCCCUGAUGUACGCAAGGUAUUUUUUCAAAGCGAGCUCGUUCAAGAUUUUCUGAAAACCAACCUUUCCGUUUUCGCUACAAAUAACCUGUUCCGGGCGUUUAGUUAAUAAAAUGAAGCGAAGUAACAAACGGCACGACAGUAGCAAGGGAUAAAAAAAGCGAGCAAGAUCUGGGUCAGAACGGGUAAAGAUCGUGUUCAUUACACGACACGUCCCAAACCUCCCUCGUUUUUUUCACUCCUCCGUUACUAUAGCACUGUCUAUUACUGCGCUUUGUAUAACACGCACUGAACGCCUGGAAAAGACUAGACUGAAACGAAAUGUCGGUCAAAUAAAUAUUUUACGAAAGAAAAGCAAUCACAUUGCUUUGAUAAUUGAUAGCAUGCAG